AUGCGGGAGUGUGCCUCGUGCGGCCGCAAUCUACCUCAGUCGUCAUACACGGCUAACCAAUACUCUCGGGGUGUCGGCGUAUCACGAUGUGUAGGCUGCGUCCACGAACUCCAUGCCGAUGUCCCGUCAGCUAGUGAGCAUGAUAGUGGGAGAUAUAAUUACUCCGGAAGGGCCAGCACCAAAACUCAUGACCUUGACCAUCCCUUUGCUGAAGGGGCUUUCCGGUGGGUGGCUAAGGGAACAUAUACUACAGGUUCCCGCAGUGGCCAGCCAUGCGUCGUCAAGUGGUUCAAGACCGGCGCCGUUUUCGAGGCAGACUACUUUACUCUUGACAUCAAAGCCGUUGAUAAGGCCCUUGAGAUCAUCAACAGAUUUAAUGGAUCCAACAUAGUCAACAAAACCGUCAAAGUCAAUGUGCCCGAGGUAUGGGUAUCUAAAGAUAGUCCUAAGAGGGAAGGACAACAUGCAUUAUGCGAACCUUUCAUCCAAAAUUAUCAAAAGUUCAAUAGCAACAGCGGAUGGGUUGACGACUCAAUCGCAUGGGGAGAAGUUAUGCAGGCCCUUAGCCACUUUAGCUACCACAUGUCGGGCGGCCAAUACGUUCUUUGCGAUCUACAGGGGGGCGUCUAUCAACACGAGAUCGUCCUCGCUGACCCCGUCAUCUUAUCGCGUAAUCGCGAAUAUGGUGUGACUGACCUGGGUCCUGACGGCAUCAACUCGUUCUUCAGCCAACAUAACUGCAACAACUACUGUCGCUCAACCUGGGCGAAGCCUUCAAGAACAGCUCCAAUCUUCCCCCCAGUCGCCGGCACGACCAUGGUGAUACGCGAGGUUCCUACUCGCCAAUCGCGACCCAAUUUUACGCAUCAAUACGACUAA